AUGCAGUCGAGCAACCCAGGCUACAAACCGUCACCAUUGUCCUUUGGACAACAGCGGGCGUCGCCAUUCCGGCGCCCGUCCACGCCGAACUCCCCGCCCUCCGGUCGCCCUGGAACCCCAGGGAGCUCUCCAAGCAGGGGGUACACGCCGAUUCAAUCUCCGAGCAAGCUCAAUCAGUCAUACACGGUCGAAGACGGGGAGACCGUCUCCCCCAGAUCUCCGAGAGCCGACCCUAUCCCGCAACCAAAGUUUACGCGAGAGCUUCCACCUUCCCCCACCAAAGGCGCACAAGGGCCCGGCAGCUCGUCACCAAUCCUUGGAAGCCGCCCAAGGGGGCUGAGUGGUGCCAACACGGUACAAACAGAUGCAGCGGUAAAACUACCGCCCAAUCAAGUCCGAGAAAUCCGCGAGGCAUUUCAGGUUCUCGACCGCGACAAUGAUGGUUUGGUCAACAAGGAUGAUGUCGCUGAUGUACUACAGAACAUUGGUAAGCUAGUAUUGCUUUUCCCGCAAUGGCCCCGCCAGUGUCACCAUUACUUUGAUACUUAUUCCCGAGCAGGUCAAGAUUCGUCGCCUUCUACGCUUUCGUGCUUUUUCCCGCCGGGGUCGUCACAAACCAUGAAUUUCCCGACAUUCCUGAACACACUUUCGCAACUGAUGGCCGCGAUGUCUUCCUCGCAGGAGCUCAUAAAUGCUUUGGCAGCGUUUGAUGAUGAAGAUAACGGCCAAGUCGAUGUCGCGGAGCUGCGCGAUGCCCUUUUACAUACGACCCCAGAGGAUGGCGGGGCACCUUUGACCGAGGAACAGAUUGACGAGGUUUUUAGCGGAUUUGUGGGACGACGAACAUUUGGUGGUCGGGGUGCGAAAGGCGCGGGUGGGGGCAUGGGAAAGAGAGGGGAGGUCUUUCAGUACCAGGACUUUGUUCGCAGCGUUGUAGGAACUGAGAAUGGGAAUAACGGACGCCGGGAGACGGGCGCAGCUAAAAGCUGA